AUGGAACACAGAAGUAGCUCCCAUCUUCUCCUCUUUUUCACAUUCCUCUAUGUUUUCUGCUCUCAAGUCAUUGCCUUGCCUCCUUUAGGAACAUAUUCAGCUAUAAGAUUAGGAAACAGAAUACCAUUUGAUGGACAAAGUGAAUCUGAUCACACCCAAAAUUCAUUAAAACCUGAGGCUGACAUUCUUCAAACUAUCGUACCUGAAAACGAGAAGUUCUAUUUUGAUAUGUCCAGAGCUAUUGACAGAAAUACAAGACAUGCUGAUGGGCUCUUUACAAGUGGCUACAGCAAACUUUUGGGUCAACUUUCUGCAAGAAAGUAUUUGGAGUCCCUAGUUGGAAAAAGGAUUGGAGACAACAACCCCCUUGAUGAGCAGAUGCCAGUCAAACGUCACUCGGAUGCUGUCUUCACUGACAACUACAGCCGUUUACGAAAACAGAUGGCGGUGAAGAAGUACCUGGACUCUGUUUUAACUGGGAAAAGAAGUCAAGAAGAUCUCAACCCACCCAAUCUUCGGGAUGAAGUAGAAUUGCUUGAACCAGCCUUCUCAGAAAAUUAUGAUGAUGUGACUGUAGAUGAUAUGGGUCUUCUGAACCGCCUCCCACUGAAUCUCUGAAGACGACUCAUUUAAAAAAAAAAAUCCUUCAAAAAGUCCUGGAAAAAAAAAUCCUAAAAAAAAAAAAGAUCAAGCUAUUUUUUUGAGUUUCUCAUGGCAUUUCAAAGAGAUGAUUUCAUUAUUUAAAUC